UCUUACAAAUGGGUGAAACUGUCAACAGGACUCAAAAAAGUUUACUGUUUAUUUUGAGCAUUUAUAUCGCAGUUUUAGGCCGGGUAAAGGGAAAUGCACCAGAAAUACUUGGGAUUAUAUCCCAGGAACCUGGAAAUAUACGAGAUGAUACUGGAACACUGUUGCUUUAUCCAAAUAUCGAACAAAAGUUACUUUUGGUCGGAACGAACUUCUCCGAGGUGGAAAAAGGUCAGACCCAGAUAGCAUUCACUUUAAGAAGAGAUCCAAAUGGUAAUUGUGAUGAUUACGACAGAACAAAACCAUUUGAUUUGAUACCAAUCGCAGAUGGACAGUAUGCCUCUGUUACAGUUACUUUGGAACAGAUUCCAAUUACGAAAUUAUCAUCUGGAAAUGUGACCAACAAGUAUCUUUACAUCUGUUCAAAAAGAUCUGGAGGUAACCAACUGGAAAACCAUUGGGUACACCAAGGAGAUGCCAAUGUAUUACGAGUAGCUAUCGGAGAGAGAGAACCUCCUGAAAUUGUCUCUGUAGUUACCGGAGAAUCUGAUAGCACAAUUAAUAAUGAUGGAAGCAUUUUACUCUAUUCAAAUGAACCCCAACACAUCAUUUUUGUAGGUCAACAUUUUGAUGAGUUUAAACAGAAUGGACAGCUGGCAUUCACUACUAAACAGGAUGUUAAAGGAUCCUGUGGAAUCUUUCUUGAAACAAAUAUUUUUAACGUAACUGUUGAGAGUGAUGUACUUGCUUCAGUGUCAGUGUAUCUUCAACCUCUGGGUGGAGGACAGCGUUAUUACAUUUGUUUGAGAAAUCCACUGAAAUCCUCAGAAUGGAUCCAUCAGGGGUCAAAUAAAUUUCUUAAAAUAGAUGUCCGUGUUAGAGAAGAAAAAACAACAUUGUUACCCAUGUGGAUGCAAAUUAUAAUGGUUGCUAUUCUGUUAGUUUUUUCAGGUUUAUUUAGUGGUUUAAAUUUAGGACUGAUGGCGUUAGAUAAAACAGAAUUGAAAAUUAUUGAACGCUGUGGAUCCAAAAAUGAAAAGAAAUAUGCAAAAACAAUUUCCCCUGUUCGUAAAAGGGGAAACUUUUUGUUGUGCACACUUCUCCUGGGAAAUGUGCUGGUAAAUAAUUCUCUUACAAUUUUAUUGGAUGAUUUAAGUAAUGGAUUAAUUGCUGUUAUUGCAGCCACAAUGGGAAUUGUCAUAUUUGGAGAAAUUAUACCACAAGCUGUUUGCUCAAGACAUGGAUUAGCUGUUGGAGCAAAAACGAUAUGGAUUACUAGGGUUUUCAUGGUUCUUACAUUUCCACUAUCUUUCCCAAUCAGUUUACUUUUAGACAAAAUUUUAGGAGAAGAAAUUGGACAUGUGUAUGACAGAGAAAAACUUCAAGAAUUGAUUAAAGUGACCAAAGAUUUCAAUGAACUAAAGAAUGAUGAAGUAAAUAUAAUAGCUGGUGCGUUAGAAUUGACUAAGAAAUCAGUUACAGAAGUCAUGACUAAAAUUGAAGAUGUGUUCAUGAUAGAUAUAAACAGUAAACUAGAUUUUGAUACAAUUGCUGAAAUUCAAAGGAGAGGUUACACUCGUAUUCCAGUAUACGAAGGAGAUAAGACAAACAUUACACAUUUGUUAAAUAUCAAGGAUUUGACUUUAAUAGACCCUGAUGAUAAAACUCUACUUAGAACUGUGCUGAAAUUCUACCAGCAUCCCUUGAUAUAUGUGUUUGAUGAUCUCAAAUUAGAUGCUAUGCUCUAUGAGUUCAGACAAGGUCAUUCUCAUUUGGCUGUGAUCCGUAGAGUGAACAGUGAAGGUGAAGGUGACCCAUAUUACGAGACCCUUGGAGUUCUGACUCUGGAAGAUGUUAUUGAGGAGAUCAUACAGUCAGAAAUCAUCGACGAGACUGAUACACUAACUGAUAAUAGACAGAAGAAGCAGAGAAGAAUUGAAAAACAGGAUUUUAGUAUGUUUACCAACCCUGAGGACAGUCAUAAACCUUGGAUAUCAUCUCAUCUGGCUAUGGCUGCAUAUCAAUUCUUGUCUACAUCUGUGGACUUGUUCAAGGAAGAGUACAUAUCACCAAACGUUCUGAAGAGGCUGAUCAAACAGAAUAUUUAUGAAGAAGUUAUUAACAACGAAAAGAAAGAAUGUCAAAUUUAUAAAGAGAAUACUCCUUGUGAUUUCUUUGUUUUAAUCUUGGAAGGACAUGGUCAUGUAUCCAUUGGAAAAGAAAAGCUUGAAUUUGAUGGUGGACCUUUUACAUAUUAUGGUGUUCAGGCUCUUGAGGUGAAUGAGUCUAGUUUGGCACCUCAGCAUAGUACAGAUAGUAUUUACCUAAAGGGUGAUGUGUACAUUCCUGACUUUUCUCUGAAAGCGACUUCCACAAUCAUCUUCUUAAAGAUAAGGCGUGCUCAUUAUAUAGCAUCAAGGAAGGUCACUUUGAUUGGUAAAACCACAGUCAGAGAGGAGGAAGAGAACGAAGCAUACGAUCGUGAAAUGCAGAAAGCUAGCUGGUUGUCUAACGCAUCUAAUAAUAGUGAUUUAAUUCUUGUUGAUAAGAAAGGCUUGGCACAGGUUGGUAGAACUUCUAGUCAACCCUCACUUCCGAAUAAAGUCAGGAGUGAAAGUACGUUAUCGGGAAGAAGUACAAAUUCAGAAAAACCAGAGGAACCAAAACCAACACGUCUAAAUGAAAAUUAUGUGUAUCAAAAUUCUCCGACAAAAGAAAACGGCAUGGUUGAUCAAGGAGAUGGUGACAAAAAGGAGGACUUAAUUUGUGAUGCUGAGGAAUUGACUCCCAUGAUUUCUUAUGAAGAUCAGAAUGUGAAAGAUAAUGUACCAUUAACUAGUAUUUGAAACCAUUUUGUAAAAUAUCAAAUAGGUCUGAAACUAAGUCACACAAACAGGAAAAGCUGUCUUGAUGGUUUAUGAUUGUAAAUAUCACCAUUGAAGAUAAACUAAGUGUUUUUUGUAAAUAUUAAUGUAGUCUUGUUCAGGAAAGAAUUCAAAAUUAAAUAAUUUUUUGUAAGAUUAUUUUGGAAUAAGUUGAAAAUUAAAGUUAUACAAUAUAUUUGUUAAUGUUAAAGUUUGUAAGUACCUGUACCAUUUAACAUGCUUAAACAAAGUUUAUAUGAAAAAUUAUCACAAACUUUUUAGAUCAUUCCAUGAUUUAUUUUAAAGUGUACAAAUGCUAAAGCUUAUGUCAUAAUAAAUUAAUUUCCUACUUUAAAAAUCAAAUUAUGUGGAAUCUAUAGAAGUCAUAACAACAUCUACAGAAGUCACUAAUGCAGUGUUUGUGCUGUCCGAUAUUUUGAACUUUUUCUGUUCUUUAUAUAUAUAGACUGUCUUUGGUUGACCUUAAGCCAGCGGCGUAGGGUCGUGCAGCCACUAUGUCGCCUUUACCAACUGACUGGGAGAUCGGACAGGUAGCAGCGGGCCCGCAUUCUACUACUUAAAAUUGAUAGUUUUGUAAGAAUUACUUACAGAUUACUUUAUUUUUAAUCUAAAAUUAAUAUUUCAGUUUGUUUGACUUAUUAACAGACCAGUUGUUAUAAAUCAAAGGUCUCAUUUGUUGCUUAGCUUAGGAUUUUAUAGUUAGGAAACUAAGUAUUAUUAAUUUUAUGACAGCUAAUACUAGAUAAGCAUUGUUCUUAAUUGUCUCCAAAUGUGACAAGUUUCCAGUAACACUUGAAAUUGAAUAUAAUUUUUUUUUCACUAACAAAUUAUGAAAUUUUCAUCAAGAGGCAUUCUUAAGCAGUUCAUCUGUAUAACUAUUUUUACUUCCUGUUUGCAUGUGAACCCUUUUUAGGUAGAAGAAUAUCUUUGUUUAUUGUCUUCCAUUUUGCUAAUGACAAAUUGUCGUACAAAGACAAAAGAAAAUAGUACAAUAAUUAAAAAAAUGUUACUGGAGUCUAAAGGACAGUGUUUAUUUGGUAAUGCUAUUUGGAAAAUGAGAAAGAGGAAAAUUUCAUUUUUUUUUUAGAUUGAAAAAAAAUUGCAUUAAAAUUUUGAAUAACUGUUGUAUAGAGUUUUACUACCAACUAACAUUAUAUAUUUGAUGCAUGCUUAUUCCCAUCUCUGUACAUUCAUGUACAACAUUUGGUCAAGGACCUGUUAUAAUAAUUAACAACCUUGCAUUUUACACAUUUUACAAAUUCAUUGUGUAAAAACAGCAAAAUUCUGUUAACUUCAGACAAACAUUUUUCUUUCAUUUGUAAAAGUUCGGUUUUGCUUUACUCAAUAAUGACAAGGGAAAGUUCAGUUUUCAGGGAUUUUUAACACAUGAUGGGGAGAUAAGUGUGUGGAUCAGGAUGUCAUUGCUUUAUGAUGUCCUUGAUAUUGGAAAAGUAACAGUUUUAGAAAAAAGCAAUACCUUAACUUGUUUUACGAUGGAAAUUUUGUUUUAAGGCUUUUAAAAUAGGUCAAUAAAGAAGGAGGUUUGAUUAGGCCCAAACAGGGCCAAACAUAGUUUAAUCAAUUAUAGAUAGAAAGUAUGUUUAUUUUUUAAAAUUUGCAUAUCAGGGUUCUUUGAUGACGUCACAUUUUCCAUCAAAUUCAGUGAAAACAGGCCGAUUAACAUAGGAUUUCAUGACCAGAAACAUGAAUAUAUAAUCAUCCUAUAGCUAGUGACCCUCCUUAUGAUGAAGACAUAAAAUAAAAACAAUAGGAUGAAUUAUCAUUGUUUUCUUGAUAAUUAUCUGAUUAUCAUAAUUGAAAAAAAAAAAAAAAAAUCAAAUUGGGAGGCAGUGCUAAUUUUUGGUAUGUCAGGAGCCUAAAUAAAUUACUUGAAAAAACAUAGCUUUUAUAUUUUUUGUUUGAUUAUCAAAUUCUGAACAAUUUUGAGGCUGAAAACUUCUCUUAUUAUAAACUUUGAAAUAAUUUAAAAAAUUUUCCAUUUUCUCAAUUUCUAAAUUGCAUCGUACAUUGUAGCAUAUUUGUUUCGCUCUCUUUUUUUCAACGCAGUUUUUGAUUUGUGUAUAUAGUUGUGAUUAAUUCCUGUGUUAAAAAGUUUUCUUUGAAUUCUGUUCAGAAGAAAUAUGAGUAUCAUAUCUAACUUCUUUUACCUCAUUUUAGUUUGUAUAAUUUAGUUAUGGGUUAAAUAUUUCUUAUAUUGGUAACUGCAGAGCUUGAUCAGGUCACAAGCAUUCUUAAUUGUAUAAAACACUGAUUGUAGAAAAAUUUAUAUGAAGUUUUGAAUUAUGAUGUUAGAGCUUAUUUUGUUUUUAUAAAGAGUCUGUUUUAUGCUUUAAAGUGAUGGAAAUAUUGUUCAUUAAAUACUUACAAAAUUUGUGAAUACAUACAAUACAUAUAGAUAGAUUUUUUUUUCUAGAUUUAAAUUAUUUGUAGUUAAUUAUAUUGCCUAAUGCCGUAAGAUAGGAAGGUUUGUCUGAUUGAAACCUAAUUUCAGUGAAUUUUAUUGCAUUGAACAUUAUGGAAGUUAAAAGAAAAUGAUUGACUUGUUUUAAAUAAUAUCUUGUGGAAUGUGGAGACUUUACUGAAUACUGUAAAUUCUGAAAUGUUUGCUUGCAUUCAUUAUUGGGAUCUUUGAACAAUGGACAAACAUGUGAGUUUCAUCAUUAGGAUUUCAGGAAUUGUUGUAUACAAUAAUGCUACCAAAAUUUAAAUUGUGAGUUUUUAUUUUUGCAAAUUAUAAAAACGUUGCAAAACUUUUUGAAUUUACAUUACAUUUUAGCUACCUUGAUUUUAGGACCAAGCAUUGGGAUUUUCUUCUUUAUACAUCAGUUGUCAAUUACUUAUAAGCAACCAGUGACCAAAAUAAAACCAAAUUUGUAACUUUAAUACCUAGCCAAAGGCCUGCAUAAACUUUUGUCAUCAUUUAGUGCACCUCGUCCAUUUGUAAAUUUUUCAUAUUUUCAACUUUACUGAAACUGAUGGAAUUCUUAAAAAGUAACUACUAAGAAAUGUUUUUACAAGAUAAUGACUAAGACUUGACUUUGUAGGAACAAUUGGAUUUUAACACUAAUGAAAUGUUCCAAUUAAAUGUUAAAUGUUGUUAAUAUUUUUGCCAAUCAGGCAACCAAUUUUUAUUCAAUAUCUGGGAAUUAGUUUUACAGUAAACCAUAUUGGAACUAUCACAUCACUUGAAUAGAAUUACUUUUGGAAUUUGGAACCAUGCAAAUCAGGUUUGAAAUAAAGAUUUUGUGAAAGACCAUUUCUACACUGGAGACUAACAUUAGCCUGUAUUGCAAACCUGAUGUGUAUUUCAAUAAACAUUUUGCAAUCAAAUCUGAAACUUGAUAAGACCCGUGACCAUAACCAGUAAUGUGUUCUGAUUAGUUGAAAAUUGUAAUUUUGAAUCUGAUCUAAAAUUUAAAGUGUAUCUUAAUAACAGGUAACAAAGGUGGUUAAAUUGAAUCCUGUAUAAACCCAUUAUGCAGGAUCUUGUGAUUCACAUUUUACUUAAUUUGUUUUAAAAAAAAAUUAAAAAAUUGUGUAAUAUUUUUGUUCAAUAUACCUUUUUUUGAUUGUAUGACUCUCAGGUGCACAAGAAAGGAUAUUGUUUUGAGUUUUGUAUGAGAUAAGCAUUUGUAUGACAUGAAAACAUUUUUUUUUGUAGAUUUAUUUUUGUUCACAAAACUAGUAGAAGGUAUUGAUUUACAUAUACAUUCUCUUACAUUUGCAUGCAUUAUUGACAAAGGCAAGGUUGUCUGUGUAUGUUCAAUUUUCCUUUUGUUGUGUUUCAUAUAAGACAAAAAAGAGCCAAAAAGUGGAAAAUACAAAUGUACAUAUUUUAAAUCUCCAUGAACCAUUCCACAUGAACACACUCAAAAAUUACUACCUGAAAAUGAAGAAGAAAAUGACAACGACUUGAUUUCAUAGUUCAAAUCAUGGUACUUAAUAAAGUAAGAUUAAUUGAAACUCAAAACAUCAGUAAUAAUUUGAAAAGGUAUAUGUAUAAACCUGAUAAAAUGUAAGACAACAUUUAGUUUAAUUUUCUCUAUGGACUUAAUAAUGACAUGACAUUAUGUAAAUGAUUAAAUUGACAUAAUUAGAGACAAUUAUUGUGAAGAGCAGCUAUUUUGUUAAGAAAUACUCCUUUGAAGGUUUUUUUUUCAGUAGUUUUAUGUAAGAUGUUCUAAUUGAAUAAAACCAUGUUCAUUAAAAUUUGAAAUUUAUUUUUUCAUUGAAAAGAAUAAAAUUUAUGUAUCUUUAAAUUGUUAAUAAAAGUUUCAAGGAUAGUCAUUUUCAUACAUUUUUGUUCCUCAAAUUUCCAUUUUAUUAAUAUAGAACUAUGAUUGAGUUAUGAUAAUUUUUUUAAUAUUUUUUUGGUUUUUUUUUGUCUCACAUGCAAAGAACAUUGCAGUUAGAAAGACAAAUGUAUUACUUUUAUGGUAGCAACAGCAUUAACAAUUUUAAAUAAUUUCAAUUUGCACUGUCAUAAGGAUGAUAAAAAUGUGUUUCUAAAUACUUUUUGAAGAGACCUUGUUAGCCAGUCGCUGUGAUAUGGUUGUCAAACAUGUGUGUUCAUCUGACAUGGCCUUGACCUUGGUUUCACACACCAGUUGUCCAGUUAAGUUUUCAGUAUGAGAUCAGUUCCUCAGUAUCUAUGCAUGAUAGAUUAAUGAUAUUUGGUAUGUUGAUUGGUUGGGAAGAAUAUGUCCAUCUGAAUUAAGUUAUAUGACUUUGACCUUAUUAGCUUAUUUGUUGUAAUCUUCUUCUUCAUAAUGCAGUUAUAAGAUUUAUAUAUAUAUAUAGCUGUGAAUAAUUCCUGUUAUAAUGAUAGUGAAUUAAUUCAUUGCCUUUCAAACAAAUUCAAUAUUUCAGCAGGUGAUACAUUUUAGUGUGUCAACUUUUGUUAAAGAUUGCAAACAAUUAUAGUCUUAAUACAACAUAGAUGUGUUGUCACUUUUGAUUUUCAUGUAUAUGUAGAUAUGUUAGUCGUAAAAGAAUAUUUUUGUGAUAUUUAGUAGAAAAUGUCAAUUUGAUUUUACUAAUGCAGAAAUUUUGAACACAUUCAUUUUAGAAAGAUAUAUCUUCUUAUUCUUACAUUUCACAAAAUAUUAUUUAAUUUCUUAAUAAAUGUAAAAGUUGCCAGCUGUCCUGGCCAAUGUGGCAUAUUGCUUUUACUUGACAUCUGUCGUCUGCUGUUAUCCAUAAACUUUAAAACAAAAUGUGUUCAUAAUCCAUAAGGUCAAUUCAGAUAAAACUUUGCCACAAUCAUCUCUGUAGUGUCAAGUUUUAAAAUAUGUAAACCAACAAUCAUGGUUGUCAUUCUUGAAAUGUAAAGUUGGGACAGAACAACAAUAUUGAUGUAUUUUUUAGAAUAUUUAAAGCCAAAUGUUGGUGAAAUGGUCCUAAUAUCCUCCUUUUUCAAAAUCAUGUAAAAUGGCUUUCAUCUUUCUACCAAAUUACCAUCUGAAACUACUUGACUUAUGCAAACCAAACUAAGAAGGAAUAAUGAAUGGCAAGUCCUUCAAACAAAGCCCUUAUAUUUCUUCUCAUAGGGCAAAACAUGGUCCCAGAGACCAAUCUUGAUAGUCAUUGAUAUAUUUGGAGAAUGGCAAUUGUUGACUUUUAGUAUAUAUUCAGGUGAAUGAUACAAUCUCUGCAGAGUCUCUAGUUUAAAGUGAAGUUUAUCAUAUAAGAAUGAUAUUUAUGCAUUGAUAUUUCUAGAAUUCAGACUUCUUACAUAGGGCAUUUUUGUUAUACUUUUCUUCAACACUAUGGUACUCUUACGCUUGUGAUUUCAUGUUAACACUUCUCUUUAUAAAUAAAAGAACACAGUAGUAUUUACUCAGAAAA